AUGGCAGACAUUCCUACAAUCUCUAUCACCAAUCCCGACUUGGAGUCUGAGGAAUUGAACAUGACAAGUCCGGCACCUUCACGACCUGGAUCGCCUACUGUUUUUGACGUUGUGAACAGCAUGGAAGCCCUUGACAGAGAUGCUAUGGUGGAAAUGAGCCCCGACAAUGUCAGUACGACUAGUGGCAGCAGCAGCAGCAGCAGCAGCACCACGAUAGACGACGAGGACAAUGACAACAACGAAGCAAGGUCCAUGUCAUCACCACCACCACCACCACCAGCAGCUGUAGAAGAAAACGUACAUGACUUUUAUCGAGACAAGACUGUAUUCCUCACGGGUGCUACUGGGUUCCUGGGAAAGGCCUUACUUUGGAAGCUGUUGAUGCUGGAUGUUAAAAAAGUCUUUGUAUUGGUGCGCCCUUCUUCACUAUCCACCAAUGCCAGUGAUAGGUUUUAUGAUGAGAUCAUGAGCAAUAAGGCAUUUGUGGCGAUGCGUCGUUCCAUGGGGCCCACAUUAUUUGAUAUGACGAUCAAUGACAAGAUUUGCGUGAUUCAAGGGGAUUUAUUACAACCUGCACUUGGCAUUGCUGGUACUGAACGACAAAUGUUGGUUGCACAAACUCAAGUCAUCUUGCAUUGUGCAGCCUUGGUGGAUGGAAAUGCACGUCUUGAUAUGGCUGUCAGGGUCAACGUGCUUGGUACAUUGGAUCUUUUGCAGAUUGCUGAUGAAUGCAAGGAGCUUGCAGCGUUUAUUCAUCUAUCGCCGAUCCAAAUGCAAUUCUCCAGUGCUUUUGAAAACCAUUUGUUUCCGGUGCCAGCUGGUGAUGCUGAUAACAUUGUCGAUGGGAUACUUACUUCAAGAUUGGAAGAUUUGCCAGCAGUGCUUGAGCUAUUUAAGGCGGAAUAUCCAGACAGCUAUCUGCUAUCCAAAUCGUUGAUUGAACAUGUUAUUUCAAAGGAGGUUCAGAAAAAGAAGAAUCGUGGUGGGCUUCAUUUUCCUAUUGCAAUCUUACGAUCCAGCCCUUUUGGACCUAGUAUAAGUGAGCCUCUUGUUGGAUGGUCGGAUGGUAUCAAUGGCUUCAAUGGGGCGUUGUUACUUAUGGGCCAAGGCAAACGCAUUAUCAAUCCAGCACAUGGCAACGUACCAGUCGACGUGAUACCCAUAGACCUCGUUGUACGAAUGAUCCUCGGUUGUGCGGCAACCAUCAAACCACCCAAGGAUGACGACUAUGAGAUACCAACACCAGCAUUAUUCGCAGAUACCAACAUCUCUCGACGUAGUUCAGUAUCCAGUAUUACAACCACAUCAACCAUACCCAUUCGUGACUCGGCAGGUUCUUCAGCAGAUGAAGUAUCCAUUUCACGAUCCUCUACUACAACAACCACUCAUCAUCGAAUAUCCUCCAAGACGACAUUUCAACAAGAAGAGGAGCCACUUGGCACGCCUACCUUUCCAUACAUUUAUCAUCUGACUAUUACCAACAUGCGAUGUUUACCAUGGAAUUCAGCCUAUGAAUCAAUGCGACUGUAUUGGAUGAGAGCGAUCGGCAUUCACCUUAUGACACCCCAAAACUACUUUGCAGCAUCGGCACUUCACAUUGCUCGUGCACGUACUAUUGUUGCUACGAUUCGAACAGCCGCUUCCUCUUAUGUGGGCGUCAAUGGUGCUAUUCCACCUUCAUCACCCAUCCCCACUGAUAAAAGGACCAUGCACACAUUAUCAACGACUUCGAUUGGACAUUGGUGCCACAAAGCAUCUUUACAACAAAGCAGCAUCGCCUCAUUACUUUAUACAUCCACGACCAUUCUUGAUGCAAAUGCUCUUCGAUUGAAACGGCGCCUGGAAUCGAGUCAACUGGAUCCCUACAGCUUGGUACCUGAAGAUGUGGAUAAUAGCUUUUGGCGUAACUAUUUCGUGGAUGCGAGCUUUGGUGUACAUUACUAUGUGUGUGAAGAACCCAAAUUGCGAUUACCGAUACCCCUCUCAGGAUGGAGCUGUGCAUUGCUUCCCUAUGAUGCACGUGGCAAUCCUGCUCAUCGUAUCAUUGACAAGCCUGCUCAGAGCUCUGUGUACACGGUGGAUCAAGUGAAUAAGCGAAUGGAGCGCAUGGUGAUACAUGUCAAGCAUUUACUAAGCGACAAUGAACGACAACGUGGAAAAGAGGAUGAUGAACAAUGGAUGAAUGAUAUGGAUGACAGCUUGGAUGAUUGGUGUCAAGAUGCCGCUGGAUUUGGGUCUGACAGGGAUUUGCGUAUGGUGCUUGGCAAGUGGAGGAAAAAAGCAGGUGGCAACGAUGAUCCUGUCAAAAUUGUGAUUCUCAAUGACAAGCGUGUGAAUCAUGCCAUUACCCAGAUUACAAGAAAAGCGGGUGUGCAACGGCAAACCGCUGUCAAUGAAGCCAUUAAAAUCCUCAGUCGCAUGAGCGAAAAGACCCAACUUUAUUUUGUGUGGUUUGCAGGGUGCUUUUUGAAAUCACUUUUCGAUGACAUGUUUGAAAGCGUGCGCGUUCAGGACGAGAACAUACGAAGGAUUCAAGCUGCAACUCUUGGCAAACGCUGCAUCUAUGUCCCUGUCACAAAAAGUGUAUUGGAUCCCCUCUUGAUAUGGUAUAUAUGCAUACGCUAUCAUCUCCCAGUGCCGGCAUUUGCUUGUGAUGAAACACUCGCUCAACUCGGGCCCCUUUCAGACAUCUACCGCGUAUGUGGCUCCUAUUACAUUAAGCGUGACAAGGAUCAACGAUCACCCCUCAAGACGGCUGUCAUGGCUGCUUAUACCCAAGUGCUAUUACGAGAACAUGGUGCAUUGACAUUUUGUAUGGAGCGAUCACGCAGCCGUAGCGGCAAAUACCAGCUACCCCAUGAUGACGGUUUUAUUCAUAUGAUCAUUGAAUCGACCCUUCAAUCCAAUCAAACGCGUUCAUCCGCCAUGUCACGUGUUGCCCAAGCCGAAAACACACCACCCACGUCUCCCGAUACGCCAGGCUCACUUUACAGUCCCAUCACCAUGGAUAGUCCAAGUGGGAAUAAUGGCAUGGCACGCAAGAUUAAUCGAGACGUUUUCAUUGUUCCCAUCAACAUCACCUAUGAAAAGAUGCCAGAAUUGCCGUAUUUGUUGGAUGAUCUUUUGGAUAUGCGUUCUACCAAACGACGUGGAAGUGGAAAUCUCCCACCCAUGCCAGAGAAUGUCGCCACUUCACCUAAUGGCUUACGUCCAAACGACAUGCAUAUUCAGGAUGGAGGACAACAACAUCACGAUGAUAAGGAUGGGAAAUUUGGACGUGUCCUUGUGGGCAUGGGUCCUCUUGUAAGCAUACAAGAUGCUGCUGAAGAAUACCAACGAUCAAGCAGUGGAUCUUUUGAUGAUGCUGCGGAUAUGGCGAAGCUGAUUUCCAACAUUCAAAAUCAAGUGCAAGAAAAUCAACGCAAAGCGCUCAUUGUAUCACCAGUCUCACUCAUUGCAAGCAUCAUCUUGUACGGGCGGACAACAGGUGGUGUCAGCUUUGGUAAAAUGAAGGAUAUGGCAGAAUGGUUGAGAACAGAGGUUCUCUUGAGAGGUUAUCGGAUUGAUUGGCAAGAGGGAGAGGACAUCAAUUCGGUGAUUCUUCAUGCUUUUCAUUUAUUGGAUGACAGCAAGAAUAUCAUUGUGGAAGGCAGCCAAGUGACCGAUGAUACCAAUAUUCGCGUGAACGACCACGCUGACAAUGUCAUGACGUUGUCCUAUUAUACCAACCAGAUUGUAGAUAUAUUUUUACCUGAUGCAUUCUUUUCGGUGGUUUAUCUAUCAUUCACGGAGACGACAGUGGCCGAAGAUGAGUUUAUGGAUCGACUUCGAUUCCUUGUGCAGUUGCUUGAGCGAGAAUUUGUUGUAUCUUGGGACAUUGAACAGCAAUUCGAGUCGCUUUUGGGAGCCUAUGAGGAACGCAAGGUGAUACGACGACGACGACGUAACAGUGGUGAUAGUAGCUGUGAUAGCUGCUUGUACCUUGAAGCCAGCAUGGAACGUAAUUUGGUGCGAUACGAGCAGCUCAUAUUUAUGGCAUCGUUGCUAUACCCAACCAUCGACUCAUACUGGAUCGCUUCUUGUUCACUUUCAGCCUUUGAUACUGUGCCUAUGAUUCCACGCAGCAUUGUGCCACUAUUAUCGCAAUGGAUUGCCACACAUUUGAUAGCGGGUCGACGCACCAUUUACCGCGAAGUAUUAUCCACCGAAUCAAGUCGAAUGGCGGUUGAAGUAUUUAUGGCGCUAGGCUUUUUGACCGAAAUACCAGCCAAGGACAAGUUGGCACCGGAUACUCAGAUUUCGCUACAUGAACUUGGGAUUUCUACAUCUGAAACACUCAUUGCCCUUGCCAACAAUGACGAUGAUGAAAACAACCAGCAAUCAUCAUCAUCACCGCCAACACCCGUUUCUGCAGGUGGCUCACAAGAUCCAGAAACCAUGAUGAAAAUAUUGAUGGCUCAAAUCCAAAUGAAUCGAGCCAACUCCAACAUGGCCGAUCUCUGUCAGCAAAUUGAUGCCUAUCGUCUAGGCUCCAUAUCACAACGUGAAUCCUUCCAAAACAAAUUGGUGUUCCAAAAAUGUCUCAAGCAAAUCAAAGGUAUCUUGCCACAAGCAAAAAGUCGACAACGUCGUGGUGCUGGUGGUGCUGGUGGUGGUAUACCCGAGAUGGAAGAACGCAUGGUGCAACUUGUAUAUGCACUUCGAACAAGUAGUUGUUCUUCGAGCAUGGACAAAGGUCGAUCUUUUAGAAGGAUAUCAGAAGCAUACAGCCUACGAAGGUAG